AUGUCUUAUUCAAUCAUAUUAUUAAUAAUUGGUUCUCAAAAUCAUCCCGAUAACAAAACACUGAAAAGUAUACCGAUCCCUAGUGCAAAUCUUCCAACUCCAACUGAUUUUUCCAACUAUUGUAAACAGAUAACGAACCAAAAUCUGAUUGUUGUUUUCAUACCUGAUCCCAAUGAACAAAUUUUCCCAUUAAUUAGACAAGCAAUUGAAGAGAAAAGAAGUCAAUUCAUCGGUGUUUUCAUCUGUACUCCACUAGAAAAUCUAGCAAUACAAGACUUAGUUAAAGUCUAUGAUGUCUCUGAGACACUCAUUCCGUACAAAAUUAUUUCUACCAUAUCCAAAUUCCUUGGGUUUGAAUCGAUCAAACAGUUUGACGCAGAAAGACUGGAAACUGGUCUUGCUCUCGAAAAGCAAUCGAAUGAUUUCUUCAAAAAGCUGGGAACAAAUCACAAGUACGAACCCUGCCAUAUAUUGCUCAUUCCAUUCAACGCAACAGCAAGAGAUCUGCAUAGAGCUGAACAACGUUUAAGAAAUAUUUACUCUGAUUUAGCUGGCUCUGGAUCCGAUUUCGUGGUUCACACGCUCGAUAAAUACAUUCCUCGUGAUGAAUUGAAUUACUAUGAUCCACGUCGCAACAUUUAUUUAAAUAAACAUUAUGGAGGCGAUGCUUGUCUUUCCAUUAUGGAUUUAUCUAUGAUGAUCUUCUUUGUUGUUGGCAAUCUGGACACCCUUAAUCCUUGGAGUGAGCAGUUUCUGUGUAGUCUUAAAAAUACUACCAGAUAUAAUAGUGGUGGAUAUUUGAAUGGAAUUACAUUCGUCGCUGAUAGAUUUGUGAGAGACGAAUACCUACAGAAUUUAUUUCCAAGGUUUGGUACGCAAUUUUGGGCAGUACAGCAAGCGACACCGAAAGCGUUAGAUUAUGUUAAAAACGAUAUCGAUUUCCAAGCUGAUUUGCUAUCGAUAGGCAAUGCUCUUGAACAUCACGGCCAAAUUGCAAACAUAAAGAUAGAAAAACGGGCGUCAGACGCUUACAAAAGCACUACUGCCUUCAGUAGUAACGAUCAACUAAUUCAACAAGCAGCAUCUGGUCCUGCCGAUAGAUAUAUCACAGACAUCGACAGAGCGGUAAAUCCACAGUGA